AACCGAAAUGAACAAGUUGCAUAGUCUAACAGUCCAAAAAUCAUAACAAAGAUUUUCAUUCUUGUAAUUUGUCAGUUAUAAAUAGGCCUCUCCAUCUCCCACCAAACCACACCACAAUCUUGCAUGUAAAAGACAACAACAACAAUAUGAGGAAUCAAACACCAUUACUUUUGCUUCCUCUCAUUCUUGCCAUCCUAACCACCUCCGCCACUGCUCAACUAAGAACCGAUUUCUACAGAAACACAUGCCCCAAUGUCGAGUCCAUUGUCCGGGCCGCCGUGCAGAACAAGUUCCGGCAGACUUUCGUCACCGCUCCAGCCACCCUCCGCCUCUUCUUCCACGACUGUUUCGUCAGGGGAUGCGACGCCUCCAUUAUGAUAGCCUCGCCUAACGGGCAGGCGGAGAAGGACCACCCCGACAACCUUUCGCUGGCCGGAGAUGGUUUCGACACGGUUGUUAAGGCCAAGGCAGCUGUGGACAGCAACCCUCAGUGCCGCAACAAAGUUUCAUGUGCUGAUAUUUUAGCAUUGGCUGCAAGAGAUGUUGUCAACUUGGCUGGAGGUCCAAACUACCCAGUGGAACUAGGAAGAAGAGAUGGUAGAAUUUCUAGCAUAGCCAGCGUCCAACGCCGUCUACCCGGACCGGGCAUGAAUCUGGACCAGCUCCGGUCCAUGUUCGCUGGGCACGGGCUCGACACGACAGAUCUGGUGGCAUUAUCAGGGGCGCACACGAUCGGUUUCUCCCACUGCAGCCGGUUCUCGAGCCGGGUGCGGCCCCGGGUGGACCGGUCGCUGAACCUGCAGUACGCGGCGCAGCUGCAGCAGAUGUGCCCCGUGAACGUGGACCCGCGCAUCGCCAUCAACAUGGAUCCGGCGUCGCCCAACAACUUCGACAACGCCUACUUCAGAAACUUGCAGGGCGGGAGGGGCCUCUUCACGUCGGAUCAGGUGCUCUUCACCGACGCUCGCUCCAGGAACGCCGUCAACCAGUUCGCCUCCAGCAACGCCGCCUUCUUCCAGGCUUUCGCCACCGCCAUGACCAAGCUCGGGAGAGUCGACGUGCUCACUGGGAACAAGGGUGAGAUUAGGAUUGAUUGCACCAGGCCUAAUUAACCACCUCUCAAUAUUCUUUUUUUAUUUUAUGUAUUGCCUUUCCAUCAAAUAAAUUUAAGGUAGUAUUUGGAUUUUGGACGUGUGUUCGAUUAAUUUCAUCAAAUAAAUAAAUUCAUUUCAGAA